CACUUGUACCCGAGUCCUAGAUCUUCAGCACUCAGCAUGUCGGAGACCGCUCCUGCCGCUCCCACCGCCGCGCCUCCUGCGGAGAAGACCCCGGUUAAGAAAAAGGCGGCCAAGAAGCCGGCCGGGGCGCGCCGGAAGGCGUCUGGGCCGCCGGUGUCCGAGCUUAUCACGAAGGCUGUCGCCGCUUCCAAAGAGCGCAGCGGUGUGUCUCUGGCUGCGCUCAAGAAGGCGCUGGCGGCCGCGGGCUACGAUGUGGAGAAGAAUAAUAGCCGCAUCAAACUGGGUCUUAGGAGCCUGGUGAGUAAGGGCACUCUGGUGCAAACCAAGGGCACCGGUGCUUCCGGCUCCUUUAAGCUCAACAGGAAGGGGGCCACUGGGGAGGCCAAGCCCAAGGCUAAGAAGGCAGGUGUGACCAAGCCCAAGAAGGCUGCGGGGGCAGCUAAGAAGCCCAAGAAAGCCACGGGUGCGGCCACCCCGAAAAAAAGCGCCAAGAAGACCCCGAAGAAGGCGAAGAAGCCAGCCGCAGCUACUGUGACCAAGAAAGUUGCCAAGAGUCCAAGGAAAGCUAAAGCUGCUAAACCUAAGAAGGCCGCCAAGAGCGCAGCGAAGGCAGUGAAGACCAAAGCCGCCAAGCCUAAGGUUGCCAAGCCCAAGAAGGCUGCACCCAAAAAGAAGUAGGUUGUUAAUCGUCUGCUUCUAAAACCCAAAAAGGCUCUUUUCAGAGCCACUACUGAUCUCAAAAAAAAGACCUGUAUACUCCUUCCGUACUUGCUAUUUCUGUAUACCUAUAUCACUUUUCGCUAUUUAAUCUAGAUCAAGGUUGCGCAGGAGUCGUUGCAGAAGGCUGCUCACGCUACCCUAAGAUGGGCAGCGAGGGCUUGGGAGGGUGACUGCUGUGGGGUUGCAGGGCAUAGAACCAUCCCUGUGGGUUGCUCCUUGCUCUGCGGUGCUUUUGGUUAGUCUCCUGGUCAGCAAUUACAAGCGCUGUCCGGAGACUUGCGUACUUGGGCUAUCUGCCUGCCCCGCUCCACUCCUGUGAACAGCAAAUACAACCACAAAGAAAUCCAGCCAGUUUCUUAGUCUUAACGGGAUACUCCGAUUAAGCUAAGAACUCAUUCAAAAGUCCCGCCCUGCUCGCGGGUUGGCUCACUUCUCCAGCCUGUGAUUUUCACCAUGUAUUUAAUUGGAUGGUGGCCGGCCUCCAUCCUUAGUCUCCAAUGUUUGUUUUCUUUCCGUUGGGUUAGCACUAUUCGCUUGAUACAGAAAUGUAUCUGGUAUUUCGGACAUUUUCCAUGUUUCGAAAGUCAAGUUGCUGGCUCUCGGGGGCGUUGGUAUCAUCCGAUCCUGGGAGGAGGGUGGGUGCAGACGCUCUUGCCUUGCAUUCUUUUGUUAAUUCCUGUGGGCUGUGGCAGCAAAGGAACAUUUGAAAAACUACUACAGCGGUGGCAAUGACUCUUCCACCCAGGGCAAGGCUGGACCAGGGAUCUUUCUGUUCCUCGCAUCGUGUAACUUUCAACAAAUGUGUGAUGGAUUUGAGUGUAUGAAAAACAACUUUUAGUCGGCCAUUUUGUCCUGGCUGGCCAGUCAAGGAUUCUCAUUUUAGGUGGGCUUUAACAUCUAAAAAUCGAAGAUGCUUUAAACGCACUUUUGUGCAAUCCAAAAUUUUCUACGCGAAGGAGAAAAAAUAUAUUGGUAAAGUUUUGGAAAUUGUGUGUGUAUUGGGGGGGGGAGGUGAUGUCUCUAAUAAAGGGCUUUAGUUUUCAUUAACAGCAUUAUAUGUGGAUUCUUUCAUAUUCAUGGCAUUUCUCCUGGGUAGAGAAAGUCCAGCAUCCUAUUUCUAUUCUGGUGGGCAGAGAAUUUCUCAAGGCAAUUUCCAGGGUCAGGGGCUUCUGCAGACCUGCAGCUCAGUUCUUCAACCAUUGGCACAAGGACGAAUCUGUGAGUUGAGUUAUUUCCUGCAUUAGCGGUAGUGGCCAUGGAGUGCAUUCCUCGUCUUAGUCACUGUGUAGGAGAAACCAAGAGAUCUAGUGGAUAAAAAGAGUAGAAUGGAGCCAAAGUGCAUAGAAAAGCAGAGAUGAGAGGUGUACAGAGAGUGCUGCAAGAUCUGGGUUCCUGACAUCUCCUGAGUUCCUGGUUCUUUGAGCCACCUGAACUCCUGCCACCGGGGCCUCUCCACUUAGCUCAGGUUGGGUCAAGUUGCAACAACCAGGAGACCUAAUAAAGACACUCCAAAUAUAAUCACAGAUAGGGCUUAUAGUAAUAGCACCAUGUACUUCUAUGUUCCCUUUCUCCUUCAAAUAAUUUCAGUUCCACCCAUUUGCUUGAUUUUCACAUCAGCUCUAAGAGGCAGGGAAGGAAUCAACCUAAGCAAAGAGAGUCGAUUCUCUAAUUUUUCUUCAAACCUCUUGUGAAUGCUCUUUGGGGUGUAAAUUUAUUGGGUUUAUAUACAGUUGAUCCUAUCAUUGAAUGUUUCCUGCAAAUGUAUUUGCAUAGUUGAAACAUGUCCUUUACUUUCAAGUAAAACAUAUUCCUCAAAAACAAAUAUAACCAUUCUUUAGUAAGGCUGCAGGAAGAGUUCAUUCACAGAGAGCUAAGUUAUUGUUAAAAAUCUCUAAUUUUAUCUAGUCUUUAGACGGUCUUCAACAAUGUUUCCUCAAUUUUGUCCGUGUUCUUUAAUUUUGUUCCAUUCCCUCACAACUGUUCACAGUUUACUGGCUUGGGUCUAAUAAGACAUUCAUUCAAUUCUAAAAAUUGGCUAGUUUAAUGAA